UCGCUCUGUCGAUAGAAACACAUAACACUAGAUUAUAGCAAAGAGAAUUCAUUUGACUAACAUAAAUCUAUCAUUUUGUUUCCUAUCCUUAACAUUAAUAAUAUGGCAGCGAAUUUACAAGUUAGAUCGUACAGUGUGGUAGAAAAGAACUUAACGUCGUCCCAGCCAUUAGCAGCUGUCGCAAUUGCUUAUUUGGUGCCAUCGUUCACUAAACACUGGGGAGUUGUGCUGGAUGUUUAUGAUGGCAAUGACAUACCAAGGUAUCGAAAACUUCUCGAAGCAUAUGAUCAGCAAGGUGUCCUCCACAGCGAAAUGACGGACUACGAUGAGCCAUGGAACGAGUCACCUGGGUUCAAAGAAACUCAGGUUAUUCUACGUGACAAUUAUCCGGCUUACAGCAACCCUGCGUUGAAUGCAUUCAUCGAAAACAUCAAUAUUGCUCGCAAAUCGUAUCACUUGAUCAGCGAAAAUUGUCAGGAGUUCAUCAGAUACCUUCUAGUGUUCCUGGGAAUCCAAGACUCCUGGGCGUGUUACUUGAGAACCGCAAAGCAGACUUGUUCUGAAGCGAUCUCCUGGAGCCUGCAGCUUUCAAGUAGAAGUUGCUACUAUGUCUUCAAACAGCUGUUCGAAAAAAUCAGCCGCGAAGGGGUCGUCAGAGUGUUCCGUGAAAGCCUUGAGCUCCUGGGACGUGGAGCUGCAGAAGCGUUUCGCAGAAUUGGUACCGAAACUGGAGAGGUUUUCGUACAGGUGAUCAAAGAGGAGGCAACCAGAUUGAUUGUAAAUGCUGAGCAGGAAAUAGUCGAAGCACUUCUUAAUGCUUCCAGAGGUGCUUUCACUUGGUGGCAGUUACUGCAGAUUCCUGUCGAGUUAGGAGUUCGGUUGUUGAUGGAAUCCGAGUGGUUUCAGGAUGAGUUAGAUUAUCGCGACCCAACAGGGAAGUGGGCUUAUGCUGUGAGUAAAAUUGCAUCAAUUGGUUAUGCAGGACUUGUGGGACUUUGCAUGGCAGGACAGUGGGGUUUGGUUGGGGCCGUGGUGAUCUGGUUUGCUCAAGAAUUGAUCACAUUCGGUCUGCGCAUGAUUUCUGGAUGGAUCUCCACGUUUUACACAUCAGAUGGAAGAGACUUUUUUGAUCGAUAUAUUGGACCCUCGAAAAGUCUGCAGCUCUUCAAUUGGAUUUUCAACACCGAUUAUCAAAUUCCCAGACGAGUUCGACCUGCAAAUGACUAAACCGGAAAAAUUCUUGUAAACAGAAAGAUCAAAUGAUAGAAAGAUAUAAAUCAGCCAAACAAGUUAAAAAAUCGAAAAAAAAAUGAAACCUGGAAAAUGAUUGUGUUCAUACUUUCUGCCAUUCGAACAUCAAGAUAAACAAGACUGCUCGUAUCGGGGCGAAGCCCUGAAUGUUCCGACUGCCUUUUAAGUUUUAUGGAGCAGCAGUAAUAACAUAAAAAAAUUAAAUGAAAUAGAAUAAAGUGAAAUUUUUUUUUCUAAAAUUUGAAAAUUUUUAUGAAAAUCAUCCCCC